AUGGCAGGGCCUUUCAAAGUAGCCGUGCUCGAUGACUACUUUGGCUUCGCCGGGCCCAUCUUCCAGAAGCUCGACCACAGCAAGUUCGAAGUGACCAUCUUCAAGGACACACUGCUUCCUUACAACCACCCCGAGACACCCCAGGAUGAGAAGGACAAGCUGGCAAAGCGGCUUGAGCCGUUUCCAAUCAUCUGCACCAUGAGAGAGCGCACACCGUUCCCUAGGGACCUCAUCUCACGAUUGCCGGAUCUCAAGCUCCUCCUCACGACCGGCACGCGCAACAAGGGCUUGGACCUCGAGGCCUUCAAGGACCACGGCGUCCCUGUGGCAGGCGCAGUGAGUUCAGGCGACAGCACGACGCAGCACUGCGUCGCGCUGAUCCUCGCUCUGGCCCGCAACAUCGUUCCUGAUGAUCGGUCCAUCAAGACUGGCGGGUGGCAGACAGGAGUGGCAGUGAAAUUGUCGGGGGCAGUCCUGGGCGUUAUCGGUCUGGGAAGGCUGGGUGCUGCUGUCGCGAAGAUCAUGCACACCGCGUUCGGGAUGAAGGUGAUCGCCUGGAGUACCAACCUGACGCAGGAGAAGGCAGACGAGCAGGCUCAACAGGCGGGGCUGCCUAUCCAGAGCGAGGAUGGGGAGAAGACGUUCAAGGCGGUGAGCAAGGAGGAGCUGUACAGCCAGUCGGACGUGGUGAGCUUGCACGUGGUGCUGUCGGACCGGUCGAGGGGCAUGGUCACCAAGAAGGAGCUGGAGCUGAUGAAGCCCGAGGCGCUGUUUGUCAACACUUCGAGAGGGCCUCUCGUGGUGGACAAGGACCUGCAGGACGUGCUGGAGCAGGGCAAGAUUCGGGCGGCUGCGAUGGACGUGUUCGAGCUGGAGCCGCUGCCGCUAGACAGCCCUUGGAGGACGACGAGGUGGGGAGAAGACGGGAGGGGCCAAGUGCUGCUGACGCCUCAUACGGGGUAUGCAGAGAAGGAGACGCUGACCAAGUGGUACGAGGAGCAGGUUGCCAAUAUUGUCAGGUGGGAGAAGGGAGAACCGCUGGCCCAUGUGAUGGCUUGA